UAUUACCAUAUGAUCGAUCAUCAAUAUAAAACCGGUAUACAAGGUCUGGCAGACCGACAGAAGCAGUGGUGAUGGUAUGGCCAUGACACAUGGGAUUGAUCUUUCAUGUGAAGAUUCCGUGGAAAAUCUUAUCCUACAUGUAUAAAUUGCAAUAACCGAAGAAGCACCUCAACUAUCAACACAAAAAGAAGAAUAUGAGUUCUUCAACUUCCUUACCAACUUCUCAGCAGGAUGAUGAAGCUUAUAGCUUUGCUUUAUAUCUUCGCAGCGCUUAUGUAUUCUCUCAUGCCCUCGCUAUUUGUCUGCAGCUGAAGCUUUUCGACAUCAUUGCUCAAGCAGGUCCUCUCACUGCUGCUGAGAUCACUGCUCACCUUCCUACUCGCAACCCAGAUGCUCCUUCCAUGAUUGAUCGCCUGCUCAGACUCCUCGCUUCCUACUCGCUGCUCACUUCUUCUCAUGGUCUUAUUGAAAGGCGUUAUGGCCUUUCUUCCACUGGUCAGUUUUUCGUUCGGGACAAUAAACAUGGAGUCUCCAUGGCUGCUUUCCCUGCUGAUGCCAAAGCUUUAACCGAGGCCUGGUUUUACCUAAAGGACUCAAUUCUUGAAGGUGGGAAUCCAUUUGAGAGAGCCCAUGGGGUACCCAUGUACAAAUACAUAAGUUCAGAUCAAGAAUCGGUGAAAGACUUCAGCAAAGCCAUGGAUAGCAUUUCCUCUUAUAUCAUAAGCAAAGUUCUUGAUAGCUACAAUGGUUUCCAGGGACUGAAAUCUCUGGUGGAUGUGGGUGGCGGUUCUGGAGUUGCCAUUAACAUGGUUAUUUCAAAGUACCCUUCUAUAGCUGGCAUUAAUUUCGACUUGCCUCACGUGGUUAAAGAAGCUCCACCUCAUCUUGGUGUCAAACACGUUGGAGGAGAUAUGUUGUCAGGUAUUCCAAGUGCAGAUGCUAUUAUGAUGAAGGACGUUCUUCAUAACUGGAGUGAUGAACAGUGCACCAAGAUUCUCAAGAAUUGCUAUGAUGCUUUGCCAGAGGGUGGGAAGGUGAUUGUGGUGAGCCAUAUAAUGCCACGGGCACUGGAUUCAAGCAUUGCUACUAAAUACGUAUGCCAAUUGGAUGUGAUGAUGUUUCUAUUCCCUGGAGGGAAGCAAAGGACUGAGGAAGAGUUCAAGGACUUGGCCAAGGCUACUGGCUUUUCACGGUUUCAACUCAUUUGCUAUGUUGCUUAUGAUGCAGUGGGUGUCAUGGAAUUCUACAAAUAAUCUGUUUAGACAAUUGGAUUAUCUGUAUCAAUGCCUUGGUCGUGCUUCACAACUUCUUUCAAUGUUUUAAAUGUCUUAUACUACGUUCCAAUAUGCAGCGAAACAUUUCUAUUUUAUUUAAUAAAAUAAAUUAGUUUAGUUUUUAA